UGUGCGGUGGACAAUUUCCAAGGUGAAGAAAACGACAUCAUCCUGCUGUCGCUUGUUCGAAGCAAUGAGGAGGGAAAAAUCGGUUUUCUUCAGACUGAAAACCGGGUUUGUGUGGCACUGUCUCGGGCCAAGGAAGGUUUCUAUUGCAUUGGCAACAUCAGUCUUCUGAAAGAGAAGAGCGAUCUGUGGAGAAAGAUAAUGGACGACAUGGAAGAGCUCGGUAAUGUCGGAAACGCUUUGACACUCUCGUGUCAAAACCACCCACGGAACGUCAUUCAGGCCUCAUGUGCUGAUGACUUCAAGAAAGCACCCGAAGGGGGAUGUACAGUGCCUUGUGCUACCAGAUUAGCGUGUGGUCACGUAUGUGAAAUGGUGUGUCAUCCAACAGACCCGGAACAUAAAGAGUAUCAAUGUAAGAAGCCAUGCGCGAAAACCAUCUGCACAAGAAAUCACAAGUGCUCUAGGAUGUGUUACCAAGAGUGUGGACCAUGCAUGAAACCAGUGACAAAGAUCCUGCCCAGCUGUGGCCAUACUCAGAGUGUGCCUUGCUACAAGGAUCCAUCUGAAGUGAAAUGCACGUCGCCUUGUACCAAGUUUCUACCCAGAUGUGGGCAUCCUUGCCAAAACAUUUGCUCUGAGGCGUGUGCAGUGGAGUGUACCGCCAUUACGCUGAAAACCUGGCCCUGUGGUCACGAAAACAAGACAGCGUGUCACGUGAAUCCCAUGAAAACUCCUUGUAAGGCACCAUGUGGAGAGACUUUGAAGUGUGAACACCCUUGUGUUGGUAAGUAUGGAAACAAGUUCUUUAAAUAGAUCGAUUAACUCACCUAGCUAUUUCCUUCAACAAAACGUAGGCAUCAACCAAUGAAGAUACAAAUAACGUUAUCAACUCUCGCUUCAGCUGUUAGAAAGUUUGAUAUCGAUUCUCAGAGGCCAUUUCAGCGGUGUUUAAUUUCUCGUGUUUUAUUAUUAUUUUUUGUCUUUUCCACAUAUAUCAGGUAAUUGCAGUCUGUGUUUCCGUGGUCGAGUUCAUGUUUCUUGCAAGAAAAACUGCGGCCGUACCCUAUUCUGCGGUCAUUCCUGUUCUGAGCCUUGUACCAAAAACUGUCCCCCAUGCAAAGAACCCUGCGGCAACUCCUGUACGCAUAGCAAUUGCAGGAACAAAUGUGGCGAGCCUUGUGAGCCAUGCAAAGAGGAAUGCAGUUGGAAAUGUGAGCAUCUGCAAUGCACCAAAUUGUGUGGAGAGGAAUGUGAUCGUCAGCGAUGUAACGAGCCGUGUGAAAAGCUUCUUACUUGCCAGCAUCCCUGUAUUGGUCUUUGCGGGGAAAGAUGUCCGAAGAAGUGCCGAGUGUGUCAUAAGGAUGAAGUCACCGAGAUUUUCUUCGGAACCGAAGACGACGAGGACGCAAGGUUUGUGGAGCUGGCUGAUUGUGGUCAUGUCUUUGAAGUUGAGAUGAUGGAUCAAUGGAUGGACCAGGCCGUGGCUGGGGAUGAUGGGAAGGCUGUUGGUGUCCAGCUCAAGCGCUGUCCCAAGUGCUCAACUCCUAUUCGUACCAGCUUGAGGUAUGGUAAUAUUGUUAAGAAGAUUCUUGCUGACUUCGAGGAAAUAAAGCGAAAGAUUCUACUUGGAAGACAACAGCGUGAACAAGCGGUUAGCGGGCUAAGUUUGAAAGCACAGAAGAUUGAGUUGUUUCCAGAAGACCAGGAGAAACUUGAGAAGUCACUGCUUCUCAAGAAUCUUACAGAUGAACAAGUGAAUGUGUUUGAGAACCAGAUCAGCCUCUUGUCCUUCCUCCAGGAAAUUAAGGUUAAGAUACACAAAGGCACAAAAGCUGAGAGUGAGAGGGCAGAAGAGACUCAAAGCUAUCACUUAUUACGAAUACUGCAGGAAAGGGACGAACUAGACAGUCUGGUGGAAAAACUCCGAUUCCGUGUCGUGGAGACUCGGGCGCGGUUCAGUGACCAAGAGUUAGACGAACUGAAAGAGGAGAUGUACAGAACACAGCUUACUGUUGACUUAAAGAUUCUGAAGAUGCAGCUUGACAUCCGAGGGCAUAAGCUGAACGCCACUGAUUCCGUGAAAAUUGACCACGUGCAAAGCGCCUUGGAUUCUGAGAAAGUGAUAGGUAAGUGGAUGGAUAAUGAAGGACAGAGAUGAAAAACGCAAUGACGAUAUAGAAGAAUAGCAACUAAACACCAUCAUAGGUCUAAAGUUCUAACAAAAACGAAUCCCAGUGCUUGGGUAAUUCCUUAGUAUAGCUGUGUCACACCACGGGCUGAUGUUUUCGCGUAUAUAGGUAAAUCCAAUCUACAAGCUCUGCGGGUUCAAAAAAAAAACAUCGUAUAUAUAACGAAUCGUUGUAAUUAAGUGUGAAGACAAGUGUUUACCACCGGGAUGGGGUGAGGGGGAAGGGGGCAUCCAAAGAAAGCGGAGAAGGGAAAGGUUGUAACUAACUUCAUUUGAAAGCAUUACGGAUAAACAUUUCGCAACUUCAAACGUGGUCAUGAAUUAUAAUACCAUUUGUCAUAUCAACAUCCAAGCAAAAUUGUUAUGGUCAUAAAUCCACAACCAUAUUGCACACUCACUGUGUAGUUUCCCGCAUAACUUUGAAAAUUUCUAUUUCAAGCGUCUCUCCUAAAUCGCAGUUAAAGAAUCAUGAACGUAAGACUUUUCUGGGUUCAUUUUAGAAAAAGACGUCAGAGACCGUUAUACAACUCGCAUUAAGCGGAUCGGACGAUUGUACGGACUUGAAGUGUUUUACCAGGAAGUCACCCGACAAGAAAAAGACCUGAUUGUGAAGGCCAUGGGUUUAACACAAGGACAUUGGUUCAAGUGUCCAAAGGGUGAGUAUAGCCUCUCAGUCUCCUAAACUAUUCAGAAAACACACAAUUUCCAGCUUUUAAUGCAUUGGAUAAGAAGAGCCGACUCUUUUGAAUUACCACAAUUUCCCGAUGAACUCUAUAACUCAAUGAGAGCAAGAGCGAUAUAUAAAAACAGUUGACGGCUUCCCUGGAAUAAGCCAACACCGCCAACCAAUCGCCCCCACAACCGGCGCCCGUUCUUUCUUUCGCCGCAAAUUUAAAUAACGGCGCAAGCUUCACCACCUCUAUAACAUCUCCACUCCUUACUAAAUCCUAGGUUACCCCGCUACCCAGUUUAAAUGAUCCGCGGGUGUAUUAUCACUGUAUUAUCUCAUUAUAGGACACAUUUACUGCAUCACAGAGUGUGGUGGGGCGAUGGAAGAGGGCCGCUGCCCGGAAUGUGGCUCAGCGAUUGGUGGUCAUAAUCAUCGUUUGAGAGAUGAUAAUCGGUUAGCAAGUGACAUGGAUGGAGCUCGUUAUGCUGCCUUUUCUGACAUGGCAAAUAUCCACAACUUCGACCCAAAUGACUUACGAUUUUGA